UAUCAACCAAAUCAAAUUUUUCUAUUUAAGAAGAAAAGGGGGGAAAAUGGGACAGAAGAGAUCAAAAAGACCAACCAGACUCACACCAUCACCGAGCCCAUCGGCAAGUUCAUCGAGUUUUGAUCUGGCGUCUCCGGAUCGACCGUUUGAUAAUAUUUUGAAUUUCCGGGAUGUUGGGAGGUCGAUUAAUGAGUUUAGUGGUGAUAAGAUACUGAAAGAAGGCAUUCUUUUUCGAAGCGCGAGGCUAGACGAUGCGUCGGAGAGAGAUAGACAUCGUCUUAUAGACGACAUUAAUCUGUCGACAAUUAUUGAUUUACGGUCAAAUACGGAACAUGAAUUGGCGACACGACGACGUCAAAAUUCUAUAUCCUUACAUUCUUCGGAGGAUUCCAGAAUUUCACAGACAGGCGAACGACGGCAUCUCCUGGAUUUAUUAGGAGUUCAACGACACUUUAUCAGUCUCACAGGACGCGCCUUUGAGAGGCUACUCUUGUGGCGUUUGGAUUGGUAUAAUUUUAUAAAAGUUCUAAGCCUUCUAGCAUCCGGCUAUCGCAAAGACGCCAUCAAACUCAUCGCAGCUCAAGUCAUGAAACCCUGCGGUCUCAUCGGCCUAGCUCAAGACACACUCGACAGCUCUAGGUCCGAGAUUCGCGACAUAUUCAGCGUCCUCACCAAGGACGGCUCAUACCCAAUCCUGAUCCAUUGCACACAGGGCAAAGAUCGGACUGGGCUGAUUAUCAUGUUAUUAUUAUUGCUUGUCAGCGAAGCAACAACACCCAGCAUACCGCUUACAGCUAUAGCGUCGGACUAUACAAAAUCCGAAGCGGAGUUACGGCCUGAUUUGGACUCUUUGAUGAAAGAGAUUACGGAUAUAGGGCUGGAUGAGGAAUUUGCAAAGACUCCCUCGGGGUUUACAGAAGCGAUUAAAUCGUAUCUAGAUAUGAAAUAUGGUGGUGCGAGGGGGUAUUUGUUGUCGAUUGGAUGUGAGGAGGGGAAUAUUGAGAAGGUGAGGAAAAGGUUGUUGUUUAAUUGAUACUGAUACCCCUUUUUUUUUUCUUCUCCUGUAUGAACAGUUCCACAG